AAUAAAGGAAAGGCUGCCAGAGUGGCUGCUCUCCCUUUCCUCUGAGGAGGCACCAAGGGCCUCGGAAGAAGGCCAGCACCCUGAGCUCAGGAGGAUGAAGGCGUCCAUGGUGCUGUCUCUCAUUGGGUACCUGGUGGUUCCAAGUGACACUGCGGUUCUGGGGCGCUGCGUGGUGGCUAAGAAGCUCCAUGAAGGAGGCCUGAGUGAUUUUGAGGGCUACAGCCUUGAAAACUGGGUGUGCCUGGCUUAUUUUGAGAGCAAGUUCAAUCCUAUGGCUGUCUAUGAAAACUCGCGCAGUGACUUCAUCGGCUAUGGCCUCUUUCAGAUCCGUAACCAUGACUGGUGUGACCACGGCAGGAACCGCUGCCACAUGUCUUGCUCUGCUUUACUGAAUCCAGAUUUAAAGAGGACAAUCGAAUGUGCCAAGAUAAUUGUAAAAGGAAAAAGAGGGAUGGGAGCAUGGCCCUCUUGGACUCUCAACUGCCAGCACUCUGACACUCUGGCACGGUGGCUGGACGGAUGCAAGCUGUAG